ACACACACACUCACACACACACUCACACAGACAGCAGCCGCUACAGGGAAGAUGGAGGACGGUGUGGCAGCGGCGGAGCGGACCUCCAGCCUGCAGCAACAUCACUGCUGAAAGCAGGGUGGAAAAAAUCAUCACAGAUUCCAAACUGGAACUACUGCUGUCAACUUGCACCUGGUAACAGAAGCAGCUUUUCCCUGACCUCAUCCAUGUACCUGCUGAUGACGAACUCCUAAAACCUUUCUUUUACACCGUUAAACCAAUCAGAACCGGAUAGCCAUGAACCCCCAGGAGACAGAGCUCGGCCAGGAAGUGAUGGAGGAGACCGAUGCUCCUCCUCGCCAUCGCCACAACAACCACAACAGCAGGCCCCGCAACCACAGCAACCAGGAAAAGCGCUACAGACGCUGUGAAGGCCCAGCUGGAGGAAGCGCUGGCGGUAGAUCCAGGGCACCACAGCAACGCAGGCCUCAGGAGGAACAAGACAUGGAGCUGCAACAUGGAGCUCAGUCCCCACAGCCCCAGCUGCCCCAGCCCAUUCCCAGACCUGCAGUGACACGUUAUCGUAGACAGGGGGACAGCGAGGCCCGGAUCAGAGCCCAGCAGCAGAGGCACAGACAGAGGCAACAGCGAGAGGCGGAGAGAGCACAACAUUUAGCACAACAACAGGAGAAGCAGCACCACGCAGAGAUGACCCAGGAAGAUGAACGAGAAAGGGACGAUUCAGUGCUGGCCCGCUCAGCGAGCACUGAGAGCGGCUUCCACACCCAUACUGACCGGGCUGAGGGGGACGAUGGCCUGGUGAUGAUGUCUCUGGAGCCUGAGGGGCAGCCGGAGGCAGAGGACGAGGUGGGGAACUAUGGGGUCCAGCUACGGCCGGAGGCGGAGGGGUAUACUGAGAGCGCUGAGGCUGAACAGCAACAUCUCCAUCCACAUCCUAACUAUCCCCCUCAGCCCCCGCCUCUACCACGUGACCCCCUGCCCGAUAUUCAAAACCCCCAGAGACAGGAUGAAGCAGAGGAGAUGCUGAACGCUGGCUACUCCAACUACGUCUACACCCAGCCCCUCAGUCACUCCGGAGGAAGGGCCAACGUCUCAGCCGGUGAUAGCUUGGAGAGUUUAGAUGCUGGGCUUGUGGAUGAAGCCUACUCUGAGCCAUAUGACAUUUACUCACUCUCUGAGCAUGUUUACGAAGAAAUCUGCGAUGCUCCGACGACGGUUCCAUCUGCUGCCGACGGAGCUGAGGACACAGAGUCUCUCCAACAGAGGAGGGCCGGCUUUCAGCUGUUGGAGGGCCGGGUGGGAGGUGGAGACUACCAUCAGCAGGAGGCAGUGGGCUCCCGCCUGCGCCACUACGACGAACGCUCUGAUGGCGAGUCGGACAGCCCAGAGAAGGAAGCAGAGUUUGCCCCGUACCCACGCGCCGACAGCUGCGACCAGGAGGAGGACAUCGACAGCAUUGUGGCUGAGGUCAAAGAAAGCCUAAGUUCUCAGAGUCUAUACUGUGCUGCGGAAGACACCAUAGAUGAAGAAAAUGAGCUACUGCAAGGAGAAGAAAAACCUGAUUUCCCAAACGACCAAAACCACAAAGCUGCCAACCGAGGGAAGCCAGCCAGAAAACAGGCUACGAGUCCUUCAGAGGAGCCUGUAGCAGUGAGGAACAGUCAGGAGAAGAGGGAUGCCAUAUCCCUGGCCAUAAAGGACAUUAAAGAGGCCAUAGAGGAGGUGAAGAACAGAACAGUGAGAUCUCCUUACACACCCGAUGAGCCUAAGGAGCCCAUUUGGGUAAUGAGGCAGGACCUGAGCCCCACUGCAGAGUGUGACCUACAACCACCACUAGGGGGCGAUUCCCCUGGUUCAGGCUCACCGUCUCCUCCAGGAGCAGAGUCAUCCAGCAGACAUCUGCUGCAGGAUGACAGCUUCGAAUCUUCUCCCUCUAGCAAAGAGUCCAGGAAAAGCCUUGCGUCCUUCCCCACAUAUGUAGAAGUCCCAGGCCCAUGUGACCCAGAGGACCUGAUCGAUGGGAUCAUCUUCGCUGCCAACUACCUGGGCUCCACCCAGCUGCUGUCGGAUAAGACGCCGUCCAAGAACAUCCGCAUGAUGCAGGCGCAGGAGGCCGUCAGCCGCAUCAAGACGGCCCAGAAAUUAGCCCAGAACAGGAAGAAGGCCUCUGAGGGCGAGCCUCAGCCCAUGACAGAGGUGGAUCUCUUCAUCUCCACCCAGAGAAUCAAAGUGCUCAACGCUGACUCCCAGGAGACCAUGAUGGAUCACCCUUUGCGGACCAUCUCGUACAUUGCUGACAUUGGCAACAUUGUGGUUCUGAUGGCCCGGCGUAGGAUGCCUCGGCCCGACUCUCAGGAGAAUGUGGAGGCUUCAGACCCAGAACAAGACAGCAAGCGCCAGUACAAGAUGAUAUGCCACGUGUUUGAGUCUGAGGAUGCCCAGUUGAUUGCCCAGUCCAUCGGGCAGGCCUUCAGUGUGGCUUACCAGGAAUUUUUACGGGCCAAUGGCAUAAACCCUGAGGACCUGAGCCAGAAGGAGUACAGUGACCUGCUCAACACUCAGGACAUGUACAAUGACGACCUCAUUCACUUCUCCAAGUCUGAAAACUGCAAAGAUGUGUUCAUAGAGAAAGCUAAGGGGGAGAUUCUGGGUGUGGUUAUUGUGGAGAGUGGAUGGGGCUCCAUCUUGCCCACUGUCAUCAUUGCCAACAUGAUGCAUGCUGGGCCAGCUGAGAGGUCUGGCAGACUGAACAUAGGAGACCAGAUCAUGUCCAUCAAUGGGACCAGUCUAGUGGGACUGCCACUGUCCACCUGCCAGAGCAUCAUUAAGGGUCUGAAGAACCAGUCACGGAUCAAGAUGAACAUUGUCAGAUGUCCCCCAGUGACCACUGUCCUUAUCAGACGGCCAGACCUCCGCUACCAGCUGGGCUUCAGCGUCCAGAAUGGCAUUAUCUGUAGCCUUAUGCGUGGGGGCAUCGCUGAACGGGGCGGGGUCAGAGUGGGUCACCGCAUUAUCGAGAUCAACAGUCAGAGCGUGGUGGCCACGCCCCAUGAAAAAAUUGUCCACAUUUUGUCCAACGCUGUGGGAGAGAUCCACAUGAAGACGAUGCCUGCAGCCAUGUACCGCCUGCUGACCGCCCAGGAGCAGCCUGUUUACAUUUAGCAAGACAAAGCCCUGACCUCACACGCCCUUUAAAUCUCCCACAGUCAACCGUCACUCCCCGAGCCGACCCCCUCUGCUCAGCCCAGUGCUCAUCCUGUACCCUCCUGCCCACAGCUGAUGGACCAUAGUGAGUUGUCAGUAGGACUGUUCCGUUGCUCAGCCUCAUCUAAAGGUGACAAUAACAUAGAAACCCAAAUUAUCCCAUCUAUAUUCACUAAAAGAUUUGUUUGUGUACUUUGGCUGAAGGUGCAAUUAGUGAUGUGUACACCUGAUGCAUUUUCAGCACUCAGAAUCCUAAAAUCUUAUUCCUGGUUCACUUAUUUCACACUUUCAAUCUUCGGAGCACUAUGAAAAUUGUGUAUCUUUAAUGUUCAGUUUAGGCAACUAAGACAGUUUGAUGACAAAUGUGGUCAUUGUUAAAUAAGAAAGAUGAAAGCUCCUUACACAGUAGAACCCUUAUGUUUGGAAGAUGGGAACUGAACCCUGAUUGUGGACUUGAAGGCAAUCCGCACAUGCAACCCUGACUGUGCUUUCUGCCAUGCUGCUAUUUCAAUGGCAGAACACUGCCUGUGUUAGUUGUUUAACCUCCACCAAAUCAUUUAUGUGAAAAAAUCUUUUUUGUUGUUGUUCUAUGGGCAUUUUAUACACUCAUGUUGUAGCCACAUUUCAUGGGACCAAACUUGCUUUCGCUCUCAGCUCUCCUUCCUGCCACUAAUCCACUCAAUAUACUCUAUGUUGGUGUUCUUCGCACAACCCAGAGCUCUCCACAGAGGGCAUAUGUGAAUCUUGCUGACAAAUGAGUGUGUGCGCACAUGCCCCCCCCUCGUUACAUUCCACACGUUCGCUGCAUUGUCGAAGAGUCGACGCUGCAGCUCCAUUUUUGCACUUCCAACAUUUCCGACAGGAAAGCUUUUCAACUCUAGUCGGUUCUUACAGUAGUUGUUGGCUGUACAUAGCACCAGUAGUAGCUCCAGUCAGCAUGUAAUAACCCCAUUAAACUAAUACCCCUCUUACACCACACACCACAGUCCAACCAGUGUGUCCCAACAUAAAGCUGACUCACAUAAGACUCUGUUACGCCAAACCUGAUGACCUACAAUGUCCCUGUAUCAAGGUGUUUGCACAAGAUGCAGGAAUGACUCACACAGGAACUAUCGUUGUCUAAAUUACCUCAGGCUGAUAAAUAUAUAGGAAUUUCAGUUCCUUUCUUCCCCUUAAAUUGAAAAAGAGAACGUAAAACAACACACAAACACUUCCAGGAUACCGAGGCUUAAUUAUUUGGCUUCUAAGGAAAACUGUUUAUUGCUGGUUGGAUAAUGUAAAUAAUGUGGAGUGAGCUUGGUACAACAUGUUACCCUGUGGAUGUACAAAGCACCAUACUGCACAGUGUACAAUGCAUAGUUGGUUUCCUUAAUACAGGGUUUUGGGGGUUCUCCACUGCCUAAAGUGGGUGCAGUAAAUAAUGCUUGUAGCAAAAAGAGUAAACAUACAAACUACUUUAAGGAAUGGCGUGUAUGGCAUGAACAAACUUAAAGGCCAGUCCCUAAAAUAAAUAUCCACAGCAGUAAUUCCAUCAGUACAAUAGUCAGGUCAUACUCACCACUCUGCUGCUCUUAAAAAUACUACUCUUCUUUAUUAAAUAAUUCCAGUUGUUUCUGCUUAACAAUUUUUUUGACCGAUGUUAAGCUACUGUCAAUGAAAUGUAGCAUUGCGUAUAUUUUACAUUCAAAGUCUACUUGGGAAAGGAGGGAUUAUUCCCUUUGAGCCACUGGAAGGCUUUUAAUGUUAAACAUUAAUUUAGGAUUUGUUCGUUGACAGUAGCUUAAAGUUUUCCUUCUCGUUCCUGCAGUUGGAUGUUUGAUCUUCACUGUGCAGAAUAAUGUCUGUGCACAGUUUGACACUAGAAGGAUGUUCUCACAUUCAUCUGCUGAAAGUGGAAAGUUUCUCUGUGCUCAUUGAAAAUCAGAUUUUAAGGGGCGUGAGCAUGAUUUGAGUCCUGGUCCAGUAUGCAACUUGUACUGUGUAAUCCACCAGUGCACAUCCACUGAGAAUGGACUUUACAGUUUGUAUAUUGAUACAUUCUGGAAUGUUUAAUGAGAAGGAAUAAAGGACUUUUUAUCGAUCUUAAUGUGAAAAUUAUACUUUUUUUGCAGUAAAAAAAUAAAAAACUGUUGUUGUACUGAUGAAUUAGUACACUGAAUUAAACAAGACAGGUAAAGAUAAAUAUGAAGGAAGUGGUGAGUUAGCAUUAACAGCAAAUUAACAGAGGAGCUGAUCCGAAAACAGGGAGGCUUCUUACCGAAAUAUGAUGAAAUAUACUUACAAAAACUAAUGAUUAAAAUCCUGUCUGUAAUAUAAGCCCAUGAUUCUCUCUGCAUUUGAGGUAAAUAAUGGCCACAGAUGCUAUUUGAGACAGUUUGUACAGUAACCAAGAAAUAACACUGAAGUCCAGGCGUAGCCUUUAGUGAACCAUUAAAAUAACAAAACAGUGUAAUUAUUCUGUUAAUAAGUUUUCCAUUGAUUCUGUGAAUGCCAGAAGGACAUUACAGUGAUCACCAAAGACCUCUUCCAUACAUAUUUCUACAUGUAGCAUUAUUUAAUAACCACAUUUGUGAAUGGGUGACAGCUGUUUCUUGAAUUUUAUUAUGAGUUCAAUGUGACAUUUUUAAUGUUCUUAUAAAUGAUAAUAAUGGAGUCGUGAUCGGUGGGAAGGAGGGGCAUUUUAGAUGAAUGGGAAAUAUAUUAUCAGGAUCAUUACACUAUUUUGAGUUAUGAAGGCGAUAGCUGUAACAGAGUAGUACAGUUCAGUUUAGUUUUCCGUCAAUGGAAAUACAAUAUGUGCUGAAUUCUGACAAUAGUCAGCCACUAAGGCUGCAUUCACACUGCAAGCCUUAGCAUUCCAUUCAGAUUUAUUGCUCAGAUUUGAUUUGUUUUUGUUUGGCUGUUCACAUUACUUUUUAAAUGUCAGAUUCCAGUGUGAACAGGUCAGGAUCCGGAUCAGACCUGUAUCUGAUUUAGACCACAUAUGAAAGUGGCCCAAAUCAGAGUGUAAAAGAUCAGAUUUGUGUGUGAUUUGUGCUGAUAUGAAAAAAUCUGAGUCACAUAUGAGCAAAAAAAAUCUGAUUUGGGUCACUUUGGUCUGAAUGCAGCCUUAACUGCAUGUACUCUAAGGCCACUCACUCUGUCUUCACAUCAUACACUGACAGUGUCAUACUGAAGGACCUUCAGUCAGAGAGAAAAGAGCAGCGGCUCAGCAAAUGUCCACCAAAGCCCUACUGCAGGCUGUUCAGUUUUCCAGAAAACUGUCACUUUUCUGUUCCUGCAAUGCAAACUGUUCAGGGGUUACACUCAAUCAAAAGUGCAAUGGGUCUUUUUGUUCAAAAUUCUGAAACAUGAAUCUUUAAGUCAGGUUUUUCUUUUCUAUUUUGAAUGUUUUGGGGUAAUUUGAUAAUAUUGUGUAUUUAUAGGCUACACAGAAUAACACUGUAUCAUAGUUAGUUUUUCAAAUUUGAAUGGUGCUCAUAAUAAGGCUGGAUAUAAAAUCACACAAUGUGGCUGUACCCUGAAAUGACAGUGUUACUAUAUGUUUUAUUCCAUUUACUACAAAAUUCAUAUUCCUUGCAUUACUGCUGGCCAUUUUCAAAGAAAAAAUCAGCUUGCAAAAACUUGACACUUUGGUUGGAUAAUCAACCACAGUGAGCAUUAUUGUAGGGAAAUCAGUGGCUGCCUCUAAAAACAAAGGUAGUUGACAAAAAGUAAUGGGCUAAAACAUGCAAAAAACACUGGCAUGGAAGUUUAAUGCUGUGGAUAUCUACUGUUUUAAAUGGACACAUGUUUGUGUAAAAGUGCUGAGAUCAAACUAACAUGAAGUCAAAACCAGGAGCAAAGUAAGGAGGUUUUUCGUGCCUUCUUCUGUGGGUCAAACAUGUUAAAGCUGAAUGUUCUUAAUGUGCACGGAUGUAUUUUACAGCUCAACACACAUGUAAAGCACCCUUGAAACUGGUUUACUUUUACUGGAGGUGGUCCUCUGAUUUUGGACACUUUGGCCUGCAGUCUUAAUUAAUAGCAGGAUUGUCAUUGGCUAAGAGGGCAAUGGUCAGAUAAAGAAAUAUAUCUGGAAAUUGGUGGUCAAUUUAUUAUUGCAGUCACAAAAAAAGGCUCUGAGCCAUUGUGCUUUGUGUAAACCAUGUGAUUGGUUGAGUUGAAUAAGCACAGCUUGUAAGAUAUAGAAAUGAUCUAUACAUUUCAUGUUAACUCAAGUGACAAAAUGGAAAUCAAAAGCCUCUUAAAUUGAAGCCUCAAAUGAUUAAUUAUUAACUAAUCCCAUAUACUGUAAAUGUACAGCUGUACUGUAAUUUCUUUCAGACCAGACAUCAACUACAUCACAGAGGCUUCAGCCUGGACUGAAGUUGAAUUUAUGUUUUCUUCUAUGACUGAUGAUUGUAGAGUUUACACUAAAACAACAGGUCAUUUUGAAGCUACAGAGGGUGGAUGCAUGUCCUUCCUAGUAAAAAUAAACCAGUCUGAAGGAUUUGCUUCACACAUGACUUAUGGUGUCCACAUCUAUAACACUUAAUGGUUUUCCUUGCAAUGUCAGUUCAGUCAAUUCAACAAAGAUUGUAUUAGGAUUAAGCUUAAAUGUAAUGUUUAAACUGAUAAUAACUCACUGGAAUAAGGCCACUAAAUGUGGAUUUUUUUGUGAAUCUGAGGAGCUUUUUUUCUCCCAUUUACUAAAGCAUUUGAACCCAACACCAACUCCUCGGCUCCCUUCCUGUUUCUCUGGGAAUGUACCUGCUUACAUUACACAAUGUAUUGUUGAUUUGACAAGCUGUCAUGUCCCUGUUGGACAUUGUGAACAGGCCUUGUGUUCUCUUUUUACACCCCUCCGAGUUCAAGGCUAAGUAGCAACGUGUAUCCCACUGUAAACCCCACUGCUUGUUCCAAAUGUCUGUCCUCAUCGAUGAAGCUCAUCUUGGCCUUACUGCUACCACUAUUACUACUGGACUUUUUACGAUGUUAAAAGUGAUACUGAAGAGGGAUGGGGCGACGGUAGCCAUUUUUGGACUUUUAACAUGGGCUUCUCUGGAGCCAUGUGAUUAACGCUGUACCUUUCUCACUUCUAGUGUGUGUGUGUGUGUGUGUGUGUGUGUGUGUGUGUGUGUGUGUGUGUGUGUGUGUGUGUGGUGUGUUUGAUUACAACCAAUGUACUCCAUGUUCAAACAAAAACCAGCUGGAUAUAUAAAAUACACAUAUAGAUGAACUAUAUAGAAAACUAUGUAAAGGUAUAUACUUCUAAUGGUUUUGUGUGUUUGGUUUGGCCUAUAGGCAAGCUUCAGUCAAUAGAAAGCAAUGUGAAGGGUCUUUUAAGGUGAGUGGAAUGUAGGAAACAGUCUGAAUUGACAUUCAUGUAUAUAUAUAUACAGCUAGAGCACAAGAUAAUUUAAAGUGUGUGACAUUUUCCCUCCAUGGUCUGUCAGGGAUUAUAGGCUAGUGUGACACAACGAAGCUAACCAAGGAAACAAGCACUUGAAGCUGGUGGCAGGCAGCAGGUUGGCUAACAAGUAUUUAUAAGUGCACUCAUUUUGAAUGUAACUGAAACGUUAACUCUCAAUGUGUCUAAAAAUAAUAGAAAAAACAUACAAGAAAAAUACCAUUUCUGUAAAGCAGCAGCAAUGUUUUAUUUAUUUGCUAGCUUUUUUCUGUGAUGUUCUAGCUAUUGGAGCUACAUUCCUGUACCAGAGCCAGAAUGUUUGUAACAGUAUUUACAACAAUAAAUGACUUGCAGAAGGA